AUGUUCAUCUUCAGGCAUGGCGGACGAUUCGCUGCGUUGGCAGCGCGACCUGUCACGUCUACACCUCAACGAUUCGCCUCCAAGAUCUCGAUACCGUUCGCGCCGCCACCGUUCCCCGUCGUCGAGUCGUGUCCGAGUCCAACAUGCGGGUGCAGAGAGUCGCCGUCUGGGCUAGACAUCGAGCGCGAACAGAAUAUCAGCGGCUCGAUGGCGACGUAUGCAGAGCAAAUCCUGAUAAGCACGGGCCGCAAUGACUGGAAGAGCAAGAUCGAGGAUGAGGAAGAGGCAGUCCUGGUCAGACAGUUGAAGAAGCACCUGACAAGAGGUGGCAAAUAUGUCGCUCCAUAUCACAAUGUGAUGAUCACAAAUUCGUCUUUCCCUCCUUCUUCAAGUACUUCUGCAGCAUCCGCAUUCCUCCUGCCCAGCUUCCGAUACAUACCAGCCAUACCUACAGAUGACAACAAUAUCGAGUCCUUCAUCAAGGCUUUCGUUCUUCCGGAGAAACUGCACAAUUUUUACUCCAGCUUGCCUCUUGAACAGCGAAACAAGCUCCUCCGACAACCAGAACACCAAGGGCAAUUCGACUCUCGCCCAGUCAACGAAAUCGUCAUCCUGGUUUGUGGCCACGGCGGCCGAGACGAGCGAUGCGGGAAGCUAGGACCCGUCUUGAUAAAAGAGUUUGAAGAAAAGCUACAAGCACAGAACAUUGCAAUUCUCAAGUCCCCAGACGAGGUGUCAGAGGACAAGAUGACUGCGAGGGUUGGGUCAAUAUCACAUAUUGGAGGUCAUAAAUGGGCUGGCAAUGUCAUCAUAUAUAUCCCGCCGACGCUGAAGGGAAAUGCUUUAGCUGAAAAGGGGAUAUGGUAUGGCAGAGUUGGGCCUGAGCAUGUCGAAGGUGUCGUCAAGGAGACGGUGCUUGGGGGAAAAGUCAUUAAGGAGUUCUUCAGAGGUGGGAUCGGGAGGGGUGGGGAGAUAUUGAGAUUGUGA